UUGCGACCUUGUCCUCAGUUAUCCAUCCAUCCCUUUUCUGAGCCGCUUCUCCUCACUAGGGUCGCGGGCGUGCUGGAACCUAUCCCAGCUGUCAUCGGGCAGGAGGCGGGGUACACCCUCAACUGGUUGCCAGCCAAUCGCAGGGCACAUAGAAAUAAACAACCAUUCGCGCUCACAGUCAUGCCUACGGGUAAUUUAGAGCCUCCAAUUAAUGCAUGUUUUUGGGAUGUUUUUGUUAUAUACAAAUAAUAAAAUGUACCAAAACAACAUCAAAUAAAAUCAACAAUACUGUCAAACACGUAGUUAAAUAUUGACUUGACUGAACAAAGGUACCUGAAACAAGACAACAACAUUGUUUAAAAAAAACAAAUAUAAAGUUGGAAAACUUUAUAUUUGAAAAAAAAAAAGUUAGGUCGUAAACCUAUUUAAAGAUGUGCAAAAGCUUUAGCAAAAAAAACAAACUACAUUAAUUCUUCAAUACGUCCCCCCCAAAAUAAAAACAAUUUAAUAAUAAUAAUAACAUUGUAUUUCUAGCUAACUUCUCUUCAUAGAGCGCUUAUUUAAUUAUUGAUUAUGUCUUAUCAGUUUCGUUUAGUGUGUAACAAGCUGCGACUGAGUUUUAGAUUUAAAGGGGAUUUUAAGAAAAUGAGACUAAAUAAUUUUAUUACUUUUUAACCCACUAAUGUGGUCUAUAACCUGUACAACUCAACUGGAUUUUAAAAGAAAUAUCUUCGAACGGGGCGGCACGGUGGCCGACUGGUUAGAGCGUCAGCCUCACAGUUCUGAGGUGCGGGGUUCAAUCCCCGUCCCCGCCUGUGUGGAGUUUGCAUGUUCUCCCCGUGCCUGCGUGGGUUUUCUCCGGGCACUCCGGUUUCCUCCCACAUCCCAAAAACAUGCAUUAAUUGGAGACUCUAAAUUGCCCGUAGGCAUGACUGUGAGUGUGAAUGGUUGUUUGUUUCUGUGUGCCCUGCGAUUAGCUGGCAGCCAGUUCAGGGUGUACCCCGCCUCCUGCCCGAUGACAGCUGGGAUAGGCUCCAGCACGCCCGCGACCCUAGUGAGGAGAAGCGGCUCAGAAAAUGGAUGGAUGGAUCGAUCUUCGAAUGGGGGAAGUAACAAAAAAAAUAAUGUGGAUGCAGAAGUGUUCACACCCUCUGAUAAGUGAGAAGCGGCUGUGUUCCCAAUCAGUGGCGUUCAAAGCGGGUGGCGAACUUGGAUCUGUUUUUGGGGGUGUCAAAAUCCCAUCAGCACCACCUCUACCGAUUAUCAAAACAAUGUGUGUGUGCUCCCACUGUCCCACUGUCCCCCUGAGGGCAACCAUGAAACUAUGUUGUGGCCCUCGCUCAAAACAAGUUUGGCCCCUGUGGUAGAAGGCGUCAAGUACAGUAUGGCUUGCUAAUCCACAUUUCCUGACGAUAAAGUAGCUCUAAUGAGGGUCCUGGGCAAAGAUUUGUCACCUGAAUACACCCACACAAGUGUGUUUGUAUGUUUGUGUGUGUGUGUGUGUGUGCUGCAACCACAGACAAUAGAAAGCCUUUAAAAACCAAAUAGAUUUGGUUGUUGUUUUUUUGCCCAUUUUUUGCCUUGCCUGCUCUGAAAGGUGCCUUUAAAUAAAAUGCAUUAUAAUUAUUGUUUUGUAAAAUGGAGUUGACAGCUGACAUAAUUUUUUUCCAGCCAUUGUAUGAAGGCAUCAAACCACGCUGUAGAUGAUGUAAACUUUACUAUUACAGUGGAGUGGGGACGUAUAAUUAAUGUUCAGUUCUUUACCCUAAGAAUGUAGUGCUGCAAGAAUUUCUAAAGCCUAGUGCCGUUUUUAUCUCAGACAACAUGCGCUGGGAGGCAAAUUGGCGAACACUUAACUAAAAGAUGGAACUGCAAGCAUUAGUUAAUUUCUGUGGACAUUUCUACUUUUGCCCACUUUAACCUGUCAAAAUAUCAGAAAGAUCGGCCCAAUAUAUUGGAUUUUACGGACGUUAAGGAGGCGGCACUGUGGCCGACGAGUUAGAGCGUCAGCCUCACAGUUCUGAGGAGCGGGGUUUAAUCCCCGACCCCGCCUGUGUGGAGUUUGCAUGUUCUCCCCGUGCCUGCGUGGGUUUUCUCCGGGCACUCCGGUUUCCUCCCACAUCCCAAAAACAUGCAUUAAUUGGAGACUCUAAUUGCCCGUUGGUGUGACUGUGAGUGCGAAUGGUUGUUUGUUUGUAUGUGCCUUGCGAUUGGCUGGCAACCGGUUCAGGGUGUACCCCGACUCCUGCCCGAUGACAGCUGGGAUAAGCUCCAGCACGCCCGCAACCCUUGUGAGGAGAAGCGGCUCAGAAAAUGGAUGGAUGGAUGGAUGUUAAAGAUUUUAUUCUCCAUUAAAAAAACUAGCUCAAUGUCCCAAAACUUCAAUCAAUCAAUCAUAACCAAAAUGUAUGUGGACAUCUCUCCUUAUGCCCACUUCAACCUCUGAAAUUAUCAGAACAAUGGGCCAAUAUAUUGGUCUGGGGCUGGGAAGACUUUAUGGGCAUGUCAGCAGCAGAUAGUCAACAAUCAUGUUUCUCAAAAGGCCUAAAGAAUGCAUAAUUGCCCUUGACAGAAAAGCCCCUUUUGAAAAUGUUGUUUGUCAACUUUGUGAGAUGUCAACUAUUUGCAGUAUUGACUUCAGGCAUUUCACAUUGAACGUAAGGUAAGUGAUGACAAUUCUGCAUGCGCAUUUCCAUCAAAUUAAAUGAACAAGGAAGUAGUUCACCUUUUUUGGGGGGUAGGGCAAUGGGAGGGGCUCACCGUUUUGCAGGUGACAUGACCACCCAAGCUUAAAUUCAGUGACGUGCAAGAAGUUGUCCAUUUACACAAUGGCUUGGAGGGAAUGGCCCAACAUAUUGGCUCUGGUCAGCCUUUUAAUUGCAAGUAAGUUGCACUGAAAUUCUUGACUUUUGUAUGCUGUAAUGUUUUGAGCAUAAACAAAUCACCCAAAAUAUGAUUUAUUUGUGCUUUGGAUGAUCAUGUGACAUUUGAGUAUUUUGCAGUAGUAUAUACUGUAUAGUCAAAUUCAAACAGGAAGUUAGCUGUGAUGUGGUUUCUUUUUUGUAUAAAUGAUUGUACUCAUACAAUAUCAAUGAAUCCUUAGUGCAACAUUUUGAAAUUUUUUUGAAAUCAGUCUAAUUUUUUGUGAUAUAUAAAAUUGAAAAUUUGGAAAUAUAGUAUUGUGACAUGCACUUGGGAAAAAUGACUUGAGUUUUUAACGUUUUUCAGUUUUUACAAGGCGGCACGGUGGCCGACUGGUAAGAGCGUCAGCCUCACAGUUCUGAGGACCCGGGUUCAAUCCCCGGUCCCACCUGUGUGGAGUUAGCAUGUUCUCCCCGUGCCUGCGUGGGUUUUCUCCGGGCACUCCGGUUUCCUCCCACAUCCCAAAAACAUACAUGAAUUGGAGACUCUAAAUUGCCCGUAGGCAUGACUGUGAGUGCGAAUGGUUGUUUGUUUGUAUGUGCCCUGCGAUUGGCUGGCAACCAGUUGAGGGUGUACCCCGCCUCCUGCCCGAUGACAGCUGGGAUAGGCUCCAGCACGCCCGCGACCCGAGUGAGGAGAAGCGGCUCAGAAAAUGGAUGGAUGGAUGGAAGUUUUUACAAAAUGUUGGCGCCUUGUAUUGUGUUUCAUUCUGGAUGUUAUUUUUUUCAUUUUAUUUCAUCUUGGUAAAAUAAUAUUGUCAUGAAUUGUAAAUGAACCCACUUCAAUUGAAAUCUAAACCCUGACAGAGCACAAAACAGGAAUUUUGAACUUUGGUGACUUUAAAAAAAAUGUUUUAGGGGGCUAGGCCGCAGCUCACCCUUGAACCUAAAGAGGAUAAUUGGAAUAGAAAAUGGAUGGAUGUAUUUAAAAAUACAGAAUUUGUAGUUAUUUAUAAAUCAAUUUGGUAGCGCUUAUCCUCACUAGGGUCACGGGCGUGCUGGACUCCACAUAUGUAUAUAUUAUUUUAUUUUGAAUUAUUAGUUUUAUUUUCGGCGGCACAGUGGACGACUGGUUAGAGCGUCAGCCGCACAGUUCUGAGGACCCGGGUUCAAUCCCCGGCCCCGCCUGUGUGGAGUUUGCAUGUUCUCUCCGUGCCUGCGUGGGUUUUCUCCAGGCACUGCGGUUUCCUCCCACAUCCCAAAAACAUGCAUGAAUUGGAGACUAAAAUUGCCCAUAGGUGUGACUGUGAGUGCGACUGGUUGUUUGUUUCUAUGUGCCCUGCGAUUGGCAGGCAACCAGUUCAGGGUGUACCCCGCCUCCUACCCGAUGACAGCUGGGAUAGGCUCCAGCAUGCCCACGACCCUAGUGAGGAGAAGUGGCUCAGAAAAUGGAUGGAUGGAUGGAUAGUUUUAUUUUUUAUUUUAACCUUUUAUAAAUUAAUAUAGACAGGCACUACAACCUUUUUAUUUUAAACAGUACUAGAAAAUGUAAUUUGCAUGGAGUAAAAUGUCUGUAUUUAUGAUGAACACCAAUUUAUAUAUGUAUUUAGUCUAAUCUUUGUAAAGGGCCAAUUUGUCAUGAUCAAAAUGUAGUUAAUUUAAAAUAGUGGAAGGUGUUAACUCUUUGUUUGAAAUAUGUUUCAUAUUUUUGAGAUAAUUAAGUCACUAAUUGUACCGUGUGUUCAGCUAUUCAAUGUCAACCAACCUGUUUAGACAAGUUAUAAUUCUCGUUUGUGUGUGUGUGUCCGUAUGUGUUUCCCCAGAGUCGUAUGCUCAGCUGGAUGUGUGUGGCAGCCCGCCACUGAACACAAAGAUUGUUGGGGGUGUAGAUGCUCAAGAAGGAAGUUGGCCCUGGCAGGCUAGCCUGCAGAAUUUUGGUAGUCAUGUUUGUGGUGGUUCUCUCAUAAACAGAGAGUGGGUGCUGUCUGCUGCCCAAUGCUUCUUCAGUACAAGUACGUUUGGAUGGUCGGUUUCUCUUGGUCUUCAGAACCUACAGGGAAGCAAUUCAAACAAAGUGUCCAUAAAAAUCAACACAAUAAUUUUGCAUCCAGGCUUCAACAUUUUCAGCUUCGACAAUGAUAUUGCUCUGCUCAGACUCUCCUCACCAGUAUCAUUCACAGACUACAUCAGACCUGUGUGUCUGGCAUCCAGUAACAGUGUGUUCAACAAUGGUACUGAUAGCUGGGUCACUGGUUGGGGAACAGUCCAGGAGGGAGUGUCCCUCCCCUUCCCUGAAACACUUCAAGAAGUGCAAGUCCCAAUUCUGGGAAACAGACAGUGUAACUGCCUGAACGGUUUAGGUUUAGUCACAGACAAUAUGAUCUGUGCUGGUUUUCUGGAAGGAGGGAAAGAUGCCUGUCAGGGAGACGCAGGAGGGCCAAUGGUAAACGAGCAGGAUUCUAUCUGGAUCCAGUCUGGAAUCGUCAGUUUUGGAUUUGGCUGUGCUCAGCCCCAUCAGCCCGGAGUCUACUCCAGAGUGUCCCGCUACGAGUCGUGGAUCAACGCCCACAUCAUCUCUGAUAAGCCUGGCUUUGUGCAGUUCAAGUCCAGUGGGCUGGAUGCUGAUAGCAACUACACUUGUUCUGGUCUGCCUCCUCCUGUUACUGAAGGAUCAGCUACAACUGAAGAUCCAGUGCCUUACCUGUCAAGUGCUGAAUUGUGUGGAAUACCAUCACAGAAGAACAAGAUAGUUGGAGGUCACGAAGCUAAAGAAGGAAGUUGGCCCUGGCAAGCUAGUCUGCAGAGUUUUGGUAGCCAUGUUUGUGGUGGUUCUCUUAUAAACAGAGAGUGGGUACUGUCUGCUGCCCACUGCUUUUUCAGCACAAGUACCUUUGGUUGGUCCGUUUCUCUUGGUCGUCAUAAGCUAGAAGACAUCGAACCAAAUGAAGUGACCAAGACUGUUGCCACAAUAAUUUUGCAUCCAUACUUUGACAGUGUAAUCUUCGAUAAUGACAUUGCUCUGCUCAGACUCUCCUCUGCAGUCAUCUUCACAGCCUACAUCAGACCUGUGUGUCUGGCAGCCGAUAGUAGUGUGUUUAGCAAUGGUACUAAUAGCUGGGUCACUGGCUGGGGAUCAGUCAAGGAAGGAGUGCCUCCCCCCUUCGCUGCAACGCUACAAGAAGUAGAAGUCCCAGUUCUGGGAAACAGACAGUGUAACUGCCUAAUCGGAGAGGGUUUAAUCACAGAUAAUAUGAUCUGCGCAGGUUUUCUAGAGGGAGGGAAAGAUGCUUGCCAGGGAGACUCAGGAGGUCCAAUGGUGAGUGAGAAGGAUUCUAUCUGGAUCCAGUCUGGAAUCAUCAGUUUUGGAUUUGGCUGUGCUCGACCAAAUAAUCCGGGGGUUUAUGCAAGAGUGUCCCGCUACCAGUCCUGGAUCAACUCCCACAUCAGCUCUGAUAAACCAGGAUUUGUGCAGUUCAACUCCAAUGGGCUGGAUGCUGAUAGCAACUACACUUGUUCUUUGCCUCCUCCUGAUGUUACGCCCAGUGCUGAAUUGUGUGGCAGCCCAGCACUGAACACAAAGAUAGUUGGUGGUCAAGAUGCUCAAGAAGGAAGUUGGCCCUGGCAGGCAAGUCUGGAGAUUUUUGGUACCCAUGUUUGUGCUGGUUCACUCAUAAACAGAGAGUGGGUGAUGUCUGCUGCCCACUGCUUCUCCAGCACAAGUACCUUUGGAUGGGCAAUUUUUCUCGGCCGUCAGAACCUGCUGGGAAACAACCCAAAUGAAGUGAUCAAAACUGUGGACACAAUCAUUUUGCAUCCAGGCUUCAACAUUUUCAGCUUGGACAAUGACAUCGCUCUGCUCAGACUCUCGUCACCUGUCAUGUUCACAGACUACAUAAGACCUGUGUGUCUGGUAGCCAAUAGCAGUGUGUUCAGCAGUGGUACUGAUAGCUGGGUCACUGGUUGGGGAACAGUCAAUGAAGGAGUACCUCUUCCCUUCCCUGCAACGCUACAAGAAGUGGAAGUCCCAAUUCUGGGAAAUAGACACUGUAACUGCCUAAUUGGAGUGGGUUUAGUCACAGACAAUAUGAUCUGUGCUGGUUUUCUAGAAGGAGGGAAAGAUGCAUGUCAGGGGGACUCAGGAGGUCCAAUGGUAAGCAAGCAAGGUUCCAUAUGGAUCCAAUCUGGAAUCGUUAGUUUUGGUUUUGGCUGUGGUCGGCCUAAUCAGCCUGGAGUCUAUUCAAGAGUCUCCCGCUACCAGUCUUGGAUCAACUCCCACAUCAGCUCUGAUAAGCCUGGCUUUGUGUGGUUCAACUCUAGUGGGUUGUAUACUGAUAGUAACUACACUUGUCCUGGUCUACCUCAUCCUGUUACUGAAGGGCCAGCUACAACCGAAGAGCCAAUGCCCAGCAUCUCGAGUACUGUGUGUGGAAUCCCACCACUGAACACAAAGAUUGUUGGGGGUGUAGAUGCUCAAGAAGGAAGUUGGCCCUGGCAGGCUAGCCUGCAGAAUUUUGGUAGUCAUGUUUGUGGUGGUUCUCUCAUAAACAGAGAGUGGGUGCUGUCUGCUGCCCAAUGCUUCUCCAGUACAAGUACGUUUGGAUGGUCGGUUUCUCUUGGUCUUCAGAACCUACAGGGAAGCAAUUCAAACAAAGUGUCCAUAAAAAUCAACACAAUAAUUUUGCAUCCAGGCUUCAACAUUUUCAGCUUCGACAAUGAUAUUGCUCUGCUCAGACUCUCCUCACCAGUAUCAUUCACAGACUACAUCAGACCUGUGUGUCUGGCAUCCAGUAACAGUGUGUUCAACAAUGGUACUGAUAGCUGGGUCACUGGUUGGGGAACAGUCCAGGAGGGAGUGUCCCUCCCCUUCCCUGAAACACUUCAAGAAGUGCAAGUCCCAAUUCUGGGAAACAGACAGUGUAACUGCCUGAACGGUUUAGGUUUAGUCACAGACAAUAUGAUCUGUGCUGGUUUUCUGGAAGGAGGGAAAGAUGCCUGUCAGGGAGACGCAGGAGGGCCAAUGGUAAACGAGCAGGAUUCUAUCUGGAUCCAGUCUGGAAUCGUCAGUUUUGGAUUUGGCUGUGCUCAGCCCCAUCAGCCCGGAGUCUACUCCAGAGUGUCCCGCUACGAGUCGUGGAUCAACGCCCACAUCAUCUCUGAUAAGCCUGGCUUUGUGCAGUUCAAGUCCAGUGGGCUGGAUGCUGAUAGCAACUACACUUGUUCUGGUCUGCCUCCUCCUGUUACUGAAGGAUCAGCUACAACUGAAGAUCCAGUGCCUUACCUGUCAAGUGCUGAAUUGUGUGGAAUACCAUCACAGAAGAACAAGAUAGUUGGAGGUCACGAAGCUAAAGAAGGAAGUUGGCCCUGGCAAGCUAGUCUGCAGAGUUUUGGUAGCCAUGUUUGUGGUGGUUCUCUUAUAAACAGAGAGUGGGUACUGUCUGCUGCCCACUGCUUUUUCAGCACAAGUACCUUUGGUUGGUCCGUUUCUCUUGGUCGUCAUAAGCUAGAAGACAUCGAACCAAAUGAAGUGACCAAGACUGUUGCCACAAUAAUUUUGCAUCCAUACUUUGACAGUGUAAUCUUCGAUAAUGACAUUGCUCUGCUCAGACUCUCCUCUGCAGUCAUCUUCACAGCCUACAUCAGACCUGUGUGUCUGGCAGCCGAUAGUAGUGUGUUUAGCAAUGGUACUAAUAGCUGGGUCACUGGCUGGGGAUCAGUCAAGGAAGGAGUGCCUCCCCCCUUCGCUGCAACGCUACAAGAAGUAGAAGUCCCAGUUCUGGGAAACAGACAGUGUAACUGCCUAAUCGGAGAGGGUUUAAUCACAGAUAAUAUGAUCUGCGCAGGUUUUCUAGAGGGAGGGAAAGAUGCUUGCCAGGGAGACUCAGGAGGUCCAAUGGUGAGUGAGAAGGAUUCUAUCUGGAUCCAGUCUGGAAUCAUCAGUUUUGGAUUUGGCUGUGCUCGACCAAAUAAUCCGGGGGUUUAUGCAAGAGUGUCCCGCUACCAGUCCUGGAUCAACUCCCACAUCAGCUCUGAUAAACCAGGAUUUGUGCAGUUCAACUCCAAUGGGCUGGAUGCUGAUAGCAACUACACUUGUUCUUUGCCUCCUCCUGAUGUUACGCCCAGUGCUGAAUUGUGUGGCAGCCCAGCACUGAACACAAAGAUAGUUGGUGGUCAAGAUGCUCAAGAAGGAAGUUGGCCCUGGCAGGCAAGUCUGGAGAUUUUUGGUACCCAUGUUUGUGCUGGUUCACUCAUAAACAGAGAGUGGGUGAUGUCUGCUGCCCACUGCUUCUCCAGCACAAGUACCUUUGGAUGGGCAAUUUUUCUCGGCCGUCAGAACCUGCUGGGAAACAACCCAAAUGAAGUGAUCAAAACUGUGGACACAAUCAUUUUGCAUCCAGGCUUCAACAUUUUCAGCUUGGACAAUGACAUCGCUCUGCUCAGACUCUCGUCACCUGUCAUGUUCACAGACUACAUAAGACCUGUGUGUCUGGUAGCCAAUAGCAGUGUGUUCAGCAGUGGUACUGAUAGCUGGGUCACUGGUUGGGGAACAGUCAAUGAAGGAGUACCUCUUCCCUUCCCUGCAACGCUACAAGAAGUGGAAGUCCCAAUUCUGGGAAAUAGACACUGUAACUGCCUAAUUGGAGUGGGUUUAGUCACAGACAAUAUGAUCUGUGCUGGUUUUCUAGAAGGAGGGAAAGAUGCAUGUCAGGGGGACUCAGGAGGUCCAAUGGUAAGCAAGCAAGGUUCCAUAUGGAUCCAAUCUGGAAUCGUUAGUUUUGGUUUUGGCUGUGGUCGGCCUAAUCAGCCUGGAGUCUAUUCAAGAGUCUCCCGCUACCAGUCUUGGAUCAACUCCCACAUCAGCUCUGAUAAGCCUGGCUUUGUGUGGUUCAACUCUAGUGGGUUGUAUACUGAUAGUAACUACACUUGUCCUGGUCUACCUCAUCCUGUUACUGAAGGGCCAGCUACAACCGAAGAGCCAAUGCCCAGCAUCUCGAGUACUGUGUGUGGAAUCCCACCACUGAACACAAAGAUUGUUGGGGGUGUAGAUGCUCAAGAAGGAAGUUGGCCCUGGCAGGCUAGCCUGCAGAAUUUUGGUAGUCAUGUUUGUGGUGGUUCUCUCAUAAACAGAGAGUGGGUGCUGUCUGCUGCCCAAUGCUUCUCCAGUACAAGUACGUUUGGAUGGUCGGUUUCUCUUGGUCUUCAGAACCUACAGGGAAGCAAUUCAAACAAAGUGUCCAUAAAAAUCAACACAAUAAUUUUGCAUCCAGGCUUCAACAUUUUCAGCUUCGACAAUGAUAUUGCUCUGCUCAGACUCUCCUCACCAGUAUCAUUCACAGACUACAUCAGACCUGUGUGUCUGGCAUCCAGUAACAGUGUGUUCAACAAUGGUACUGAUAGCUGGGUCACUGGUUGGGGAACAGUCCAGGAGGGAGUGUCCCUCCCCUUCCCUGAAACACUUCAAGAAGUGCAAGUCCCAAUUCUGGGAAACAGACAGUGUAACUGCCUGAACGGUUUAGGUUUAGUCACAGACAAUAUGAUCUGUGCUGGUUUUCUGGAAGGAGGGAAAGAUGCCUGUCAGGGAGACGCAGGAGGGCCAAUGGUAAACGAGCAGGAUUCUAUCUGGAUCCAGUCUGGAAUCGUCAGUUUUGGAUUUGGCUGUGCUCAGCCCCAUCAGCCCGGAGUCUACUCCAGAGUGUCCCGCUACGAGUCGUGGAUCAACGCCCACAUCAUCUCUGAUAAGCCUGGCUUUGUGCAGUUCAAGUCCAGUGGGCUGGAUGCUGAUAGCAACUACACUUGUUCUGGUCUGCCUCCUCCUGUUACUGAAGGAUCAGCUACAACUGAAGAUCCAGUGCCUUACCUGUCAAGUGCUGAAUUGUGUGGAAUACCAUCACAGGAGAUAAAGAUAGUUGGAGGUGACGCUGCUUCGGAAGGAAGUUGGCCCUGGCAAGCUAGUCUGCAGAGUUUUGGCAUCCAUGUUUGUGGUGGGUCUCUCAUAAACAGAGAGUGGGUAAUGUCUGCUGCACACUGCUUCACCAGCACAAAUACCUUUGGUUGGUCCGUUUCUCUUGGUCGUCACAGUCUUAAGGACAUCAACCCAAACGAAGUGACCAGGACUGUUGCAGCAAUAAUUUUGCAUCCAUUCUUCGACAAUGUAAUCUUCGACAAUGACAUUGCUCUGCUCAGACUCUCCUCUGUAGUCAGGUUCACGGACUACAUCAGACCUGUGUGUCUGGCAGCAAAUAGCAGUGUGUUCAACAAUGGUACUAAUAGCUGGGUCACUGGUUGGAGAUCAGUCCAGGAAGGAGUGCCUCUCCCCUUCCCUGCAGUGCUGCAAGAAGUGGAAGUCCCAAUUCUGGGAAAAAGACAGUGUAACUGUCUGAAUGGAGGGGGUUUAAUUACAGAUAAUAUGAUCUGUUCUGGUUUUCUUCAAGGAGGCAAGGACGUUUGUCAGGGUGAAUCAGGAAGUCCUAUGGUGAGCAAGCAGGAUUCUAUUUGGAUCCAAUCUGGAAUUCUUAGUUUUGGUUUUGGAUGUGCUCAGCCCAAUCAGCCUGGCAUUUAUGUCAAAGUGUCCCGCUACCAUUCCUGGAUCACCUCACACAUCAUCUCUGAUAAGCCAGGCUUGGUGCAGUUCAACUCCAGUGGGCUGGAUACUGACAGCAACUACACUUGUCCUGGUCUGCCUCCUCCUCUUACUGAAGGGCCAAAUGCAACUGGAGAUCCAGUGCCCAGCAAGUCAAGUGCUGAAUUGUGUGGCAGCCCACCACUGAACACAAAGAUUAAUGGUGGUGAAGAUGCUCAAGAAGGAAGUUGGCCCUGGCAGGCUAGUCUGCAGAAGUCUGGUAUCCAUGUUUGCAGUGGUUCUCUCAUAAAUAGAGAGUGGGUGAUGUCUGCUGCCCACUGCUUCUCCAGCACAAGUCAUAUUGGAUGGUCGAUUUCUCUUGGCCGUCAGAACGUGAAGAGCGACAACCCAAACGAAGUGUCCAGAACCAUUGACACAAUCAUUUUGCAUCCAAACUACAGCAGUUCCAGCAAUGACAAUGACAUUGCUCUUCUUAGGGUCUCCUCAGCAGUCACAUUUACAGAUUACAUCAGACCUGUGUGCCUGGCAGCCAGUAGCAGUGUCAUCAACAAUGGGACUGAUAGCUGGGUCACUGGUUGGAGAACAGUCCAGGAAGGAGUGUCCCUCUCCUUCCCUAAAACGCUACAAGAAGUGGAAGUGCUGGUUCUGGGAAACAGACAGUGUAACUGCCUGAAUGGAGACGGCUCAGUCACAGACAAUAUGAUCUGUGCUGGGGUUCUGGAAGGAGGGAAAGACUCUUGUCAGGAGGACUCAGGAGGUCCAAUGGUCAGCAAGCAGGAUUCCACAUGGAUCCAAUCCGGAAUUGUUAGCUUUGGUUUUGGAUGUGCGCUUCCCAAUACCCCAGGGGUUUACACAAGGGUGUCCCGCUACCAGUCCUGGAUCAAUUCCCACAUAAGUUUUGACAAGCCAGGCUUUGUUCAGUUCAAUUCCAGUGGGAUGGAUGCUGAUCGCAACUACACUUGUCCUCUACCUCCUCCUGUAACUGAAGUUACGCCUACGGAAGGACCAGGACCCGGCUCAACAACUACAAGCACAACUCUACCAAAUCCCACUGAGCAAGUUUGCGGUACUGCACCUUUGAACAAUCGUGUGGAAGGUGGCCGUGGAUUUGUACCAACUGGAACUUGGCCUUGGGUUAUCAGUCUCCACAAAAACGGGGCUUACGCUUGUGCAGGAACUCUCAUCACCGCCAGAUUCAUCCUCACUUCUGCUGAGUGCUUCUCUAACCCCAUACCAACUGCCAGUGACUGGACUGCCUAUCUGGGACAGAAACUUGUCAAUGGCGUGGAGGAGUUUGAAAUGUCUUUGGCCAUUGACAGUAUUACUAUAAGCAAACUGCAAGGUUCCAACAUUGCAGUGCUGCAGCUAGCAAAAGGCGUCAGCUUCAGUGAUUACCUCCAGCCUGUGUGUUUGGACAUCACCAAUGCAAUAUCCUUCCCCGCUGGUACUCCCUGCUGGACAGCUGGCUGGGGAAAGGGAAACAAAAGUCGAAGCAUUGAGAAAUCAGAAAGUCUAAGACAACUUGAAACUGAGGUAGUCAGUUGUGGGAGUGCUGGUUCUGAUCAGGAGAACAUUUGUACUUCUGCCUUGGACCUUCAACAGGGGGAUGAUGGCGGCCCUCUAAUCUGCAAGUCAGACUUAUCUUGGUUCGAGCCGGCCCUCGUUGCAACAGAUACUAGAUCCCUCCGUGCCAACAUUCAGAUAUUUUCCAAAAUAUCGCGUUUUGGAUCAUUCUUAAAGGCAACAGUUGGUGACAUGCCGUCUCCUGCGGCUACUUCCUCAGCAGGUGCACCUGGUUCCUACGGAUCAUCAGUCCUGUCUUUCUUUGUGGCUUCAGCCUCAGUUUACCUGGUCGCAUGCAUGUAUCAUGGAGAAACUUGAGGCUUUUCAUUGCAGCCCUGACAAUAUAAUAUUGACUCACCUUUAACCCCUUAUGGCAAUUCACUUACUGUGCUUUAGACACAUUUCCAUCAAGAAGGGCUUUUAAGUUUUGGUCUCCAAGGAAUUGUUUGCAACGAUAAACCCUGAACUAUCUUGUCUUUAAUUCAGAUGAUGAAUAGUUGCCCAAGUUAAAUAGUUAAAUACACAAUGUGAUGAAUUUGUUUUUUCUUAAAUAGCACCUUUGGGUUCUGCCCAUUCCAUUCCAGUUGUCGAACAGAAGUGAGGAUUUUCAUUUUUUUUUUAACUCCAGUCUUUAGUUAUCAUAUCACAGUGGGUGCCAAAUAAACGGGUAUCAAAAAGUGGUACCAUGCAAUUUGCUUACUUUGGAACCCCAAUCUCAGCUGUAUUGCCCGGUGCAAAUGCUGCCAUUAGGCCAAACCCAACUAAAUUAAGUACCUCAAAAGUUUUUUUAAAUGUUAUUUUAUUCUGAAUACAUUUUAAUAAUACAAUAAAAUACAUCAUAAGAUAUGAAAAACUAACAUAUUUUCAAGAUGUUGUUUGUACGUCUGUUCCAUACAAUUGCAGCCAGUGUUUAAGCUUAUACAAAAUAAUAGUGCAAAAAUGUCACUUUAUAUGUUCUCAUGAAAUUCUAUUGAAUAAUGUAUGAAAUCACCAAUAGGACUAAUGGACCGUGACCUCAGUGUUUUGUACACCUGCAAACAAAAGGCUGAAAUUAUUUUUUCAUUUUUAAAAUGUGUUUUCAUUCCGGCAUGAGCGUGGCCUCGUCUCUCACUGCGCCGUCUGUUUCUGCGCCGUCGGCAUCAUUAAUCAUCUCUUUGUAUUUACUCUUGAAAAAUCCAGCCUAUGAAUACAAAAGGUUUGGAAUAUUAUCUGGAUUUAUUUGUUUGAUUUAUUCAUUUAUUCAUGUAAUUAUUUUCUCACCUUAUAAAGGACAGCUGAGAGUAUAACCAGUAUAGCCACCCCCCCUAAGGAUCCCCCGACUAUCUCUUUGGUAAAGUCUGGUUGGGGAUACACUUCUACCUCUGUUUCAAUCUGAAAUAAACAAUAAUAUUCGAGUCAAUACA